AUGCCGGUGGACGCGCGCGGCAAGCGACCGGCUGCCUUCGGCCGCGAGAUCCCAAAGGGCUUCUACGGCAACGCGAUCGCGUGCACGGUGGCGUGCUGCACCGCCGAGGAACUGUGCGGCCGCGACCUGGGCUACGCGGUGGGGCUCAUCAGGGAGGCCAAGGCGACGGUCACCUACGCAUACAUGCAGUCCCUAGCCGACCGGAUGGUGCUGGAGGGCCGCCCCGUGCCCGAGGCCAAGCGCACCUUCACCGUGUCGGACCUCAGCAAUGGCGGCCUGGACGACGUCGACUUCGGGUGGGGGAAUGCCGUCUACGGCGGGCCCCCCAUGAACGCCCUCUACCAAUUGCCCGGCGGCGCCACCUUCUUCCGGCGCCGCAAGAACGGCAGCGGCGAGGAGGAGACGUACGGGGCCAUCUACCUCCCAAAAGACUGUGUAGCAAGGUACAUGAAGGAGGUCGAGGCCCUCACCACCACCAUCACCAAGCUGCCCACCCAGACCGCCUUGCGUGCCCGCUAUUAA